UUGCCCCUCCCUGCUCAGGGCUCUUUCACACACAAGCAAACCCAGCUUCUGUUAUGGCAGGGGCUGCACAUUGGCAUUUACCAAACAGCCGCGGCAUGCCACUCUCCCUGACAGCACCUCCCCGCCUCCUCAGGAGACAGACAGACAGGCUGAACUGAGCUGAGAGCAGACUGUAGUGGACUGUCUGACACACACGCCCUCAGACAAAGUGGAGAAACCAGCUGAACACAUGUCACCAGAUACCAAAAGACCCACCAGAUAACGUGGCAGCAAGUUUGUUUGGACAGCUGAAGACAAAAAAGUGAUGGAAAGACAAAAUGGAAGUAUCUUGUCCCAUAAAACAACAGAGAAUGGAAUUAAAGGGAAGCCCCCGUACUCAGUGGAAACUCCUUAUGGCUUUCGACUGGACCUGGACUUCCUAAAAUACGUAGAUGACAUCGAGAAAGGCAACACAAUCAAAAGAGUCCCCAUCCAGCGCCGAAGCAAAGGCCUGAGAGCCAGCACUCUACCCAGGCACCUCAACCCUUCUGGGUGUGCCUACCGCCCGAGUGCCUGGGGAUCUACUGGAGCUCUUGGCCCCAGGUCCCGACUGUCAGACGCCCAUCACCAUGGCUACACUUCCUGGGCAAAUGAUAACAGGUCGCAACUUUCUCCCACUGGGCUUAAAUCCCUUGCAGAGAUGGAGGCCAGAAUCAAGGAGUUUGAUGAGCAACCACUUGGCGAGCACAUCAGACCUCAUCUUCUCCGAGCCUCCAGUCUGCCGCUCACAGUUUUACUGAGACAGGGAUCAGAGUCCACAGAUGAACCCGGGAGCCUCCGGAGCUCGAGGGAUCACCUUGGAGGGAGAAAUGCUUCAUGUGAAGACGUCUUCGACUCCUCAGAGAGCCCUAGACCCCAGGACUGCUCAGGGCUGUUGAGGCGCCUGACAGAGGCCCUUGAGCGUGUGGGGGAGCUGGAGAUGGAGGUGAGGGUGAUUCCAGAGCUAAGGGCGCAUAUCUGCAUCCUCCAGGAGGAAAGAGAAAGGCUGCGCCUGGGCCUGAAUCCACGUAUUCCACCCCCAUCUAUGAAUGGAACCACAGACCCUUGCACCUCAUCCCACUACAGCACAGUGGAUACUAAAAGGCCACGGCAUGAAAGUCAUAUAAUGUUUCCCAGAAAUCACCACAUCAGUCAAGAUGACUCUAAUCCCACACACGAGUGGAGGACUAGUACAGAUCUGGACGAGCUGCUGACAGUGACGUCCCUGCAGGCUAAGGUAGCUGUGCUGGAGCAGAAGCUCCAUGAAACUGGCCUGGAGCUGCAGAGGGCCUUAGGGCUGCUGAGGGAGCAGCAGGAGGAGAGCAGAAGGAAAGAUGAGAAGAUGGAGCACCUUAUUAAGAAUCCUGCUGUGUGGGUCCGUGCAGAGAGAGUGGUGGUAGACCAGGACAGAGAUGACACGGUGGUGAGAUCCAUUGAACCAUAUAAUAAAGUGUCAAGAAGUUCAGUUGCAAGGACUGUCACCAUGAACGGACAAGGAAGUCGACAAGAAGACCGUGUAGAGUCUUUGGAACUUUCAGAUGAAACAGCCGAGGUCGUCCACCACAUACAGAAGAUCAAGAGGCUCCUGGAGGAGCAGUGGGAGUGUUUGUGUGCAGACCAGGAGUCGGGAGAGGAGGGUAAAUCUCUACAGCACCCAGACCCCAAAGUCAACUCCCUGCAGCAGGAGAUGAUGGGACUUGUUGACUUCCUCAGCUCCUACUACACCAAGCAGGGACACAGUGAUGGAGAAAGGAUUCAAUGUGGAGCCUCUAAAUCCAUCACAAGGACAGACGGAUGCACCCGGACUUCAAAAAGCCUACAUUCUGUGGGUGUUAAUGAAGGACACAAAAGUGGAAAUCUGGUUGGGCAGGACCAGAGUGAACAGAAGGAGAGCAGCAUCAGCCCUACGGAGAUGGCUGCUGCCCAGGUGGAUGCAGACCCAAAGACGAGACGGAUGGAGGGAGCGAGGCAAACAAGCCCAGACGGACAGAUGAUAUCAGGAGGAGCAGGAUCAGGGUGGACAGAUGGAGGCGUAGCGUCUGUGGAAGCUGAGAAAACAGCCAAGACGAAACCACAGCCCCCAGCAGAACAGAUGGAGGGGAGCUCUGGCUCAGAAAGCACCACCGGGGGCAGAGAGACAGUUGGUGCAGAUUUUCUGACUGCUUGUCAGUUCCUCCAAGAUCACAUGGACAACAUGGAAAACCCCAACGAUAACAUGAGGAAGGCCCUGAUCGUGUUGUUUCAGCACUGGUUCACUGCAGCAGCAGAGGAGACUUCAGAGGCCAGCAGGGUGGCUAUGUACCUGAGAGAGGUGAAGAAGACCACGCCCCCACUGCUGGCCUUCUUGAUCAACCUGGCUGACGAUAAUGGCAACACAGUGCUGCAUUACAGCGUGUCCCACUGCAACUACGGCAUCGUCAGCCUGUUACUGGACACAGGUGUGAGUGAUGCGAACUUUCAGAACAACGCCGGCUACACAGCCGUGAUGCUGGCCUCACUGACAGCACCUGAUGGUCCAGGUGGCAUGGAGGUGGUCCGCAAGCUAAUGGAGCUGGGCAACAUUAACAUUCGCUCCAGCCAGACGGGCCAAACAGCUCUGCACUUGGCAGUGAGGCACGGGCGAGUUGUGAUGGUUCGCCUGCUGCUGAGCUGUGGCGCCGACACAAACAUCCAGGACAACCAGGGAACCACGGCCCUGAUGUUCGCAUCUGAGAGGGGCCACACACACAUUGCAAGGCUGCUGCUGGAGAGGAGCCAGUGUGACCUCACCCUGACUGAUAAGCACGGUCAAACUGCUCUCUCGAUCGCCAUGCAAGGUUCCCACACUGAUACAGCCGCCCUCCUGCAGGCUCACGCUAAAGCCCGAGCUUUGUAGUGCUGGAAAACUGGAAAAGAAUCUGCAGACAUAUGAUCCUCUCACAUCUGCUCUUUUCUAUCUGAAGAAAAACCUGACACCAGGUUUAAAGCUGACGCUGUCUGCUUUGGUUGAGCUGUUGCUGCCAUAUUGUUUUUAAAUCCUGUACAUCUGCACGAGCAUUAGCUUGAGUUCUGGAUGGGAUUAGAUCGUUGCAACAAGACUCACUGACGAGUGAGGUAAAGCUUAGAUGUGUUUGUCAUGAUUGCUGGAGCAGUAUACAAUAACUGUCUUUACUGUUGAUGUGAAGACGUCAUAGUUAUGUCUGAUCUUUGCACAUUCAAAUAGAGUGCUCCAGGGAUGACGUUAGCUUAGCAUUGCAUUGGUUCCCUCAUCAAAAAGCCUAUGGGAUUUUUCCAUUGGAUUUUGGAUUGCCAAAAAUAAGAUCUGUGACAAACAAAGGUUUAUAAUUCUUACAAGUUUUGUUCAGCAAGAUAAUUGAACACCACUUUCAUGAUUAUUGGAGCCUAAAUGCAAUCGCCAGACCUACAGUGAGCUACAAACGAACUAUAGUGCGGUCACAUGACCUAACGUCACCAACAUAACAAGACUGUAAAACCAUGUUCAGCACGUCUUGGAGUGAUGAUGUUCUGUAGUCUUAAUUAGCCACUUGUUAGCAACCGCUGUUUCUAAGGGUGCUUUCACACCUGCUCUGUUUGGUUCGGUUUAGUCGAGCUCAAAUUCAUUUGUCCCCUAAGUAAAGUAUGUUUGGGCAGGUGUGAACACAGCAAUCACACUCAGGUGCGCACCAAAACAACCGGACCAAGACCUUCUUGAAGAGGUGGUCUCGGUCUGGUUAC